GGUCAAGGUCGUAUCCGCACAUGCACAUCAGCGGUAGCUACAUACGUACAUCCCAUAUACCAUACCUACAAUGGAUACCUCAUACCUAAACUACCCUUAGGUAGCAGUAGCAUAGACUGGUAGGUAUGGCAGAGUCUGGUUUCAUGAUCUCCACUCGACUAUGUAGUUUCAUGGCCUACACUACAUUACAUGUAUGUAUGUAUGUAGUUGCCACCGCCACCCGUUCUCUUUAUUUGCGGCUUCUGGAAUGUGCAGUCGGUGGCAUUAGCUCGACAAGGGGAAUUGCAUUCUCCGAAUCGAUCUAUCCCAAGCCUUGUGGAUGCCCUGCAACAGAUCGCCAAAGGGUCCUAGGUUUUCAAGCCCCGGGAACGGCAGUUAGAGCCCCGAACGGUCAUGGAUGGCAAGAUAGGCAAGAUAGGCAAGAUAGGCUGCCUGUCGUGCCUGGAUGCGGAUACUCUGACACGGCGCAAAGACUUAAAAGCGUACGUUGCAGUAUACAUACAUCCUGGGACCUUUCCAUUAUAUUUGAGGUCCGGCGCCGCAACGCCUUGACAUUCUUCCUUACCGACGCCGACAACUUACCUACCCUUCUAGGGGUGUGGAUGCUUCAAUCCUAGAUGUCCUGGGUCAUGCCCUGGGUCUCUCGAACACCCAGUUCGUUUCAGCUACCCCUAGUGUACUAACCAAAAUUACAUGGAAAGUGGUGAAUUGUUCUCUGCGAGGUCAUGCAUGAAUGUCGUG